AUGGCGUGUGUAUUGUAUUGACGAGGAGAAUAACGAUGGUCUAAAAAUAGCCCAAGAUAUGGAGAUGAGCAAUCAAGCGCUCCGUGUGCUUGGAUGGGCGGAGUUCAUCGCGCACCCAUCACGGCUACAUACUAUAUUUAGUAACAGUAAAUCAGGGGAGCUAAUCUAUGAUAAGCGCCACGUGAUCAAUCUCACCCAAUCAACGGCAAUUGAUGACGUCAUUGUUGAUGUUUACAAGGACAACGUGGUCCUGACGACCAGCACACAGGAUCAGCUGGCACUAGUGCAUGAGAUGUUCUUGAGGCGGAUGUUGCUGAUGCGCAUCACCAUCUACCACACGGAGAUUUCCAGCAAGUACAGCGUGGAGAGGGUCAGCAUUGUGGAGGAUGAUUUCGCCGUCCUGGUCAACGGUCAACAUCCGUCCAUCCGGCAGCAGAUCGCUUCCGGUUUCCAGGUUUCUAUGAGGUACCUCAACCGGAACCAGCAUUUCUGUUUUGAGCUGGACAUCAGCGAGCUGCUCCUGGACUGGUACAUGGAGGUCAGGGACGCCAUCACGAGCUGUGACGACAUCCACUCGCUUAAGUCUCGCCGGACGAGACUGUGCGUGACCAACCACACCCUCUACAACCACAGCCUCGACUGCAGCCCCAAGUGGAUCCUCUUCCUGUGUAUCUGUUGGGUGCUCUUUGUUCCCUGUUACAAGGUGUACAGGAAGUUGACCUGCGCUGACAUCAGGGUCAAGUUGAAGUGUGACGUCACUUCCGCCACGUAUUACAUCCAUAACGAGGCAACGAGAGUUCAGCUAAAGAACAACAGACGAAACUAUGACACCGUUUGACCGCUCGAGACAACCGGUAUCAGAAGAGAAGAG